UUGGUAGGAGGAAUAAAUUCUUCCGCUUAUUUUUCAAUCAUAACUAAAUGAAAUUUGGCACUGCUUAAAUUAUUAAACUAUUUUUCUUCCAAAUUAAGUGCAACAAUAACAAUAAAACCUGGCUAAUAUUAUUAGCUAGAAAAUAGCCAUAAUAAUUGCAAAAUAGGACGCCGUGUUUACAUUAUUAUUAUCGUUCAAACACACUUAUCAAAAACGCCGUAACUUCUCAUUAUCACACUCAAAACACGAAAUACUUCGUGGUUUCGCUCGUCUGGUUAAUAAAGCUGAGUACAACUGAGUAAACGGAGCGAGUGUCAAGAUAAAAAUCAGAAGGCACAACGUCAAGAGUCUACACCUAAACGCUUGAAGCUAGGUAUUUGUCGUCCCAACAGUUCAGUUGUCGUCGCCACUUUGCUCGCGUUAAACGUGCCACUUCCAAUUGACACAGAAACAGUUUGAUAACUGUUGACCAAAAAAAAAAAAGCAAAAAAUAUCACGCUCGCAGCGAACGGAAGUUAUUGCGUACAAUAUAAUAUUCUAAAUAAGCACAUAUUUUUUAAAAAAAAAUAAUACAUUAUGUCCGACAAAAUCAGCGUUUGCAUUGUAGGCUCUGGAAAUUGGGGUUCUGCAAUUGCUAAAAUUGUGGGUGUAAACUGUGCUACCCUGCCACAAUUCGAAAAAUGUGUGACAAUGUACGUUUAUGAAGAGAUGAUCGACGGCAAAAAGCUGACUGAAAUCAUAAAUACUACCCAUGAAAAUGUUAAAUAUUUGCCAGGACAUAAAUUGCCAGAGAAUGUGGUUGCUGUGCCCGAUCUAAUUGACGCCUGCAAGAAUGCCGACAUACUCAUCUUCGUCGUGCCACAUCAGUUCAUUCCGAACUUCUGCAAAACACUUUUGGGCAAAAUCAAGCCCAAUGCCGUUGCCAUUUCGCUCAUCAAGGGUUUCGAUAAGGCCGAGGGUGGUGGCAUCGAUCUAAUUUCCCACAUCAUUACCCGCCAUUUGAAGAUUCCCUGCUCUGUGCUGAUGGGCGCCAAUUUGGCCAAUGAAGUGGCACAGGGUAAUUUCUGCGAGACCACCAUUGGUUGUCAGGACAUCAAGUAUGCCAAAACACUGCGUGAUCUCUUCCAAUCGCAAAACUUCCGCGUGGUUGUGGUAGACGACUCUGAUGCCGUUGAAGUUUGUGGUGCGCUCAAGAACAUUGUUGCCACCGGCGCUGGCUUUGUCGAUGGCCUUGGUUUGGGUGAUAACACCAAAGCGGCUGUUAUCCGUUUGGGUCUGAUGGAAAUGGUACGCUUUGUGGAUGUCUUCUACCCAGGCAGCAAAUUGUCGACGUUCUUUGAAAGUUGCGGCGUUGCUGAUCUGAUCACCACCUGCUAUGGUGGCCGCAAUCGUCGUGUUGCUGAGGCUUUCGUGAAAACCGGCAAAACUAUUGCGGAACUAGAAACCGAACUGCUCAAUGGCCAGAAAUUGCAGGGUCCACCCACGGCUGAGGAAGUGAAUUACAUGUUGAAGAAUAAGGGCUUGGAAGACAAAUUCCCACUCUUUACGGCCAUUCACAAAAUCUGCACAAAUCAAUUGAAAGUUCAAGAUUUAAUUGAUUGCAUACGUAAUCAUCCCGAGCACAUGGACGAGCCCAUUAUUGUGCAACCAAAAUUGUAAAUUCCUACAGCGUUUGCACAAAAAUAAUAUAUAUAAAUUUAAAUAUAUAUAUAAAAGUCACACAACUAAUUGGAUUACUGGAAAGAAUUAACAAAAACACGCGAGAGAAAGAGAACGACGGUGCGUGUACUAUAAAGAGAACGUUUCCAAAAUGCACACUUGCCUACUUAAACACUGUUCUCUGACGCAUACAAGGACUAAAAACGCAAAAUAAUUAACAACAAAAACAAACAAAUUGUAAUUUUAAAUUUCCGCAGUCGCACUUCACUCAUCUUCCUUCCACGAAUCAAUAUCACAGCCUACAACUGUUUCAUGAGCGUAUGCCGCCAAUUCAUCUCCCCUCAGCAUAAGUGUGCACAAGAAGGAUCGAAUUUUCGUGGCUCCUGCGCCUAAAAACUAACAAAAUGCAUUGAUCUGUCGCAGUGCGAUUUAUGUGUAUUUGUAUACAUUACGUUUAUUGCAGUUAUUGUAUAUUAUGAAGUCUAUAUAUAUGCUAUAUAUGUAUGUAUAUGCAUAUAUGUAUAUAUAAAUGCAAGAUAUAUUUGUAAAUAGCUAUAAAUCAUAUUUGCUUUGAAUGUUUAAUUCUAUAAUUGUUAUAUUGAUAAAAUUAAUUUUAUAACAAAAAUGUUAAUAAUAAAAAGAAAUGGUUUUGUAAAAAAAUCUAACAUUGCAAUCA